CAAUUGUUUGGAAUUUUGGCACUGGUUUGAAAUUUUGGUACUGGUUUAGAAUUUUGGCACUGGUUUGGGAUUUUGGCACUGGCUUAGGAUUUCAGCAUUGUUUUGGGAUUUCAGCAUCAUUUUGGGAUAUUGGCAUCCAUCAUUUUAAGAUUUCGGCAUUGUUUUGGGAUUUUGGCAUCGUUUUGGGAUUUCGGCAUCGUUUUGGAAUUUUGGCAUCAUUUUGGGAUUUCGGCAUCAUUUUGGGAUUUUGGCAUCAUUUUGGAAUUUCGGCAUCGUUUUGGAAUUUCGGCAUUGUUUUGAGAUUUCGGCAUCAUUUUGAGAUUUCGGCAUCGUUUUGA